GAAACUCAACUGUGGAAACCAUACCUGUCAACAGCUGUGCCACCCGUCUGCAUGUCAGCCCUGCCCUCGCUUGCCAAAAUUGGUUCACAGCUGCCCUUGUGGGCAGACUCCUCUGUGCAAACUUUUAGAGCUUGGGUACCCUGAGCGUAAGAACUGCACUGACUCUAUACCAUCAUGUGGGAAGACUUGUGGCAAGCCAUUACCUUGCGGCUUUGAUGAUUCCAUUCAUACUUGUAGUAACCUUUGCCAUGAAGGUGAAUGUGGACCAUGUGCUGGAAUUUCAAUAGUUAAUUGUCGGUGUGGAUUUAAAAAGCAGGAUGUACCCUGUGUCAACAUCACAAAGGAAGCAGAUCUGCUGUUCUUGUGUGACAAGCGUUGCAAUAAAAAGCGUUCCUGUGGCCGCCAUAAAUGUAAUGAAAUUUGUUGCGUGGAUACUGCACAUAAGUGUCUCCUUCUCUGUGGACGCAAGCUUAACUGUGGACAGCACAAGUGUGAGGAGCCUUGCCACCGUGGAAACUGUCAGAAUUGCUGGCAAAGUAGCUUUGAUGAAUUAACGUGUCAUUGUGGCAAAACAGUGAUCUAUCCUCCAAUACCAUGUGGCACCAAACCUCCAGAGUGCAAAAACCCUUGUAUCAGAGAGCAUGAGUGUGAUCAUCCAGUAUUCCACAAUUGUCACAAUGAGGAGAAAUGCCCACCUUGUACCUACCUCACUCAAAAAUGGUGCAUGGGGAAGCACGAAAUGCGGAGCAAUAUUCCUUGUCAUCUGACUGGCAUUUCCUGUGGACUUGCUUGUAACAAGCUGUUACCUUGUGGAAUGCACAAAUGUAAAAAGAUUUGUCACAAAGGCGACUGUGUUACUGAAGAACCAUGUAAACAACUGUGCAUCAUUCCAAGGCCUGACUGUAAUCAUCCUUGUUCGUCUCCAUGCCACCCAGAUUCACCUUGUCCAAAGACACCCUGCUCUGCAGAGGUGGUAUUAUAUUGCAGCUGUCAGCGGAAGAAAGAGAUCAUGAUCUGCAGUGAGGCUUCGAGUAAUUACCAGAGGAUAACUGCUAUUUCCAUGGCAAGUAAACUUUCUGAUGUGCAUCUUGGGGACUCAGUGGAAAUCAGUAAACUCAUUUCUAAGAAAGAAAUGAAACAGAGCAGAUUGGAGUGUGAUCAAGAAUGUGCAGCAGUAGAAAGAAACAGGAGAUUAGCAGAUGCUUUAAACAUUAACCCUGCCUCAGAUCCAUUUCAUGUUCGCAGUUUAGGAUCCAAAUACAGUGAGAGUCUAAAGGAGGAUGCAAGGAAAGAUCUGAAGUUUGUAACUGAAGUGGAAGAAGAAAUUAAAGCUCUUGUGGAAGCUGUUAGUAAGGUUGGUGCUGCAGCUAAUGAAGUGCCUUUAUUAUUAAAAUGCACUCAAACACCAAUGUCCU